AGGCGCGCUUGGCAAGUGCGGCCAUGCUGAAGUGCGGUAUGAGCGGCGGCGCGGUGAGAGCUUGCUCUAAGAACUCUGAAUUCUUCUGAGUCAUCAUAUGGUUCUGUCCUGUUCUCACCUGUGUUUUUCCAACAUUAUCAGUGGUCUCCAGUGAAAAUGAAUGAUAAUGGCACAACAUUGCGUUUAAAUUGCAAAUUGGGAAUGAAGUCAAUUCUGCCCAUCUUUAGAUAUCCGAACUCUCUUGAAAGAAAUGUAGAAAAGUGCAAAAUAUUCACCAGAUCUGAUAAGUGCAAAGUAGUUAUUCAGUUCUUCUGCAGACAUGGUAUUAAAAGAACACAUAACGUGCAUUUUCAAGAAAGUAUGCCUGUGCAAGUUAUUUUUGAAAAUAAUAUGUGUAGUAAUACACUAAUGAUUCAACCAAGAUUGCUUGCUGAGGCAAUUGUUCUUUUUACACCGAGUCAAGAGGAAGUUACUCUGGCAGUUACUCCGAUGAAUUUUUGCCUGAAGAGUCCUCAUGAGGAAUCAAUGGGUAACAAUUAUAUCUGUCAUGACUUGACCAAUUCUGUGUACAGUGAGAUGUUUGUUGGCCCAGAUGAGUUUGACUUCUUUCAGAUUGGAGUGGAUACGGAAAUAACAUUUUGCAUCAAAGAACUGAAGGGGAUGCUGAUAUUUUCAGAAGCUACACAUGCUCCUAUAUCCAUUCAUUUUGAUUUUCCUGGGAAACCCAUGGCUUUAAGUCUCGAUGAUAUGUUAUUGGAAGCGAACUUUAUUAUGGCUACAUUGGAUGAUGGUCCUAGCAGGGCAUCUUCGCCACAGUCAUCACUGUGUCUUUCACAGACAGGAGGCAGGUCAGAUCUGAUACAGCCAAACUCCGAGGCCAGUAAAAAUGUAACCAGCCAGGUCUCAGAGAAUAUCUCAAGAAUAGCAACCGAAAAAUUUCAUCCCCAUGUGACUUGUACACACAUCUCUACGUUGGAAAACCGUGGUAGCCCUGUCAUGACAGGGGUGAACGCAGACAUCAGUGAAGUUCCAGAGAGCAUUGUCAGUGACACAGAAGAAGGGCCAGGCUGUUCACACCUCAGGAAGUUCUCCUGCAUGUUCUUUGGAGCCCUUUCCUCUGACCAGCCAGAACACAUCAGCCACCCUCUGGACAACGUGGCGACAGCCAGCGACAGUGAAGAGGACACAGAAAAUGGCAGUUCCUUCUUAUUCUAAAGUGAUGGAGGCUAAGCUGGUCCCGCUGUCACUGGCCCGCGGGCGCCUCUGCAGUGUCUAAGACCUUGGUCUGGACUUCCUGGAUGAUCAACGACAGCAUCUGGUACAAGCUUCCCCACAAAGCCACGUGUCAAGGGGACGCGCUUUGCUUUGCAGCCAUCAUGCUACCUGGGAGGCGUGGCUGCUUUCUGUGUGGGCAAAAAGCCCAGAGUUCAAGCCUCACCGGGAGCUACUUUUCUCUGCCAGUUUCACACAGCACGCCUCCUCCAGCAGCCCUCAGGUGUGAGAUGAGCGGCCACCUGUCUUCUGUAUUUGAUUGCAAACAUUCAGGUUUGGGCGCUGUGGUGUUUUCCUUUUGAACGUUGUUCCUUAUAGUCUGAGACUUUAAGUAAAAUAACCUGGGGGGGAGGGGGAUGUCAAGAAUAAAAAGUCCCUCACUUUGCAGUCUUUCUCUGUAUUAUAAAAUUUUAUAUCGCAGCCUAAUUGU